CAGACGUGUCCCUAAACGACUACUUGCGCGAGACGCUGAAUCUGCGCGGCACCAAGUACAUGUGCAAGGAGGGGGGCUGCGGCGCCUGCAUCGUCAAUGUGCGCGCCAAGGACCACGCGGGCCAUCUGCGCUCCUUCUCCGUCAACUCUUGUCUCGUUUCAAUAACUUCAUGCGAAAACUGGGAAAUCACGACCAUAGAAGGUAUCGGCGACCGCGGUCGAGGCUACCACCCGGUCCAGAAGACUCUGGCUGAACAUGACGGCUCCCAGUGCGGGUACUGCUCGCCCGGGUGGGUCAUGAGCAUGUACAGUUUGCUUGAAUCAACGAACUACAAUUUGACGGAACAUGAAAUUGAAAAUUCAUUAGGUAGCAACACAUGCCGAUGCACUGGCUACAGGCCAAUUCUUGAUGCAUUCAAAUCUUUCGCAAAGGAUUCGCCAAAACCAGAACUACCGGAUAUUGAAGAUCUAAAGCUCUGCAACAGUAAGAAAAGUUGUAGUGAAUCUUGCGAUAAGACGUGGUGUUUGAUCAAGAAGGAAGAUGUUGAUGAUACCAUCAAAAAGAUACACUUGAAAGAUGAUCGCACUUGGUACAGAGUUCAUCGAGUUGAGCAAAUUUUUCAGGUGCUAAAAACUGAAGGCGUUGAUUCUUACAUGCUUGUUAAUGGAAAUACUGGAAGAGGAGCUGUGCCCAUUUUCUCGUUUCCACGAGUUCUAAUUGAUAUAAGUGAAAUACAAGAAAUGAAAGGGUACUAUGUCGACCAAAAUUUAUGCAUCGGUGCUGGCACUACUUUGACAGAAUUGAUGGAUUUGUUUGGAAAAAUUUCGAAGGAGAACGAAGAUUUUGCUUACUUGGAAAAGCUUUGUGAACAUCUUGACUUGGUAGCUCAUAUACCCGUGAGAAACAUUGGGAGCAUCGCUGGUAACCUGAUGGUGAAACAUAGGCAGAAUACAUUUUCGUCCGAUAUUUUUUUAUUACUAGAGACAAUAGGUACUAUUUUAACAAUAGUUGAUGAACAUAAUAGCAAAGAGGUAAAUCUACUUGAUUUCUUAUCACUAGACAUGACUGGGAAAGUAAUCAAUCAAAUAAAAAUUCCUCCUUAUGGACCGAACCAUGAAUUUGUUUCGUUUAAGAUAAUGCCUCGUGCUCAAAAUGCUCACGCGCAAGUAAAUGCCGCAUUUCUGUACGAAUUCGACAAACAUGACAAAGACAUGGUUCUGUCUGCGAGGAUAGUUAUUGGAGGUUUGUCUGGAAAAUUUGUUCACGCAACGAAAACUGAGGAGUUUCUGGUAAAGAAGAAAAUAUUUACUAACGAUGUACUACAAGAAGCCCUUAAGGUGUUAGAUGACGAACUUAUUGUUGAAGAGAUUGCUGGUGAAAUGAAGGCUGAGUAUAGAAGAAAGUGUGCACUAGGACUUUUUUAUAAGGGUCUGUUGAAUCUUAUCCCACAAUCUCAGUUAAGACCUUGGUACCGUUCAGGUGCCAGAGAUUUUCGGAAAACUCGGCCUCUAUCAAAAGGAUCACAGGUCUAUGAUACGAAUCCAAUAGUAUGGCCGGUAACGGAACCUAUACCGAAACGAGAAGGUUUGAUACAAUGUGCAGGAGAAAUCAAAUACGUGAAUGACCUGGUGACACAACCGAAGGAAGUGUUCUGUGCUUUUGUCACUUCUGACAUUUGCACGGGUGAGCUCGAAAGCAUUGACCCAACAGCUGCACUGAAAAUACCCGGCGUUGUUGCAUUUUUCUCCGCAAAAGAUAUCCCCGGAAAUAAUAAUUUCUUGUCACCGAAAGUGACUGCCCAAAUGAUGCCAGAAAUAAUUUUCGUCGAAAAGGAAAUAUCAUACUAUGAUCAACCGAUAGGCGUUAUAGUAGCAGAAACAGAAAAGUUAGCAAACAGAGCAGCCCUACUUGUACAGGUUAAAUACAAAGUUGAUAAAAGAAAACCAAUAUUGAAAAUAAAAGAUUUACAAGAACGUGAUCCUAGUCGUGUUCAACUCUUUCAAGUGGUUCCUGCAAGAGAUCGAGGUCUAAAUGUGCAAAGGGUUAUUAAAGGUUCUCACAGUAUUUAUCACCAAUAUCAUUUCACCAUGGAAACGUUGUCCUGUGUGACCAGACCCAAUGACGAUGGACUGGACGUGUACUCCGCGACGCAGUGGUUGGACUCCGUGCAUGUCGCUGUGUCUGAAGUAUUGAAUGUGGAACAAAACAGAAUUAAUUUAGUUGCACCACGUUGUGGAGGUGCCUACGGUAUUAAGAUUUCGCGACCGAAUUAUGUGUCAACUGUGUGUGCCAUGGUGACUUAUUUGACCAACCGACCAUGUCGGUUUGUGAUGUCCAUACAGUCCAACAUGAGAGUCAUUGGGAAGCGACUUCCCUGUACAACAGAUUAUGAGAUUGGUGUGAAUAAUUCCGGUGAAAUUCAGUAUUUAGAAGUUAAUUUAUUUGAUGAUAAUGGUUUUACACUUGGAUCAGAUUUAGGCAUUCUUCUUGUUGCAUCAUCUCUGAAAAGCUGUUACAACAACCUUAGAUGGCAAUCGAAAUUAUUUAAUGUCUUCACUGAUACUGCCUCAAACGCUUAUGCCAGAGCACCAGGUGGACUCGAAGGUACGGCAAUGAUUGAACAAAUAUUAGAAAGAAUAUCAUACGAACUUGGUCUAGAUCCAGUCGAUGUUCGACUGAAUAAUUUCAAUAGAACUAUGACAGAUGCCAUGGACGUCGCCCAACAAGUUCUGAGAGACAGCGAGUACUACAGACGCAGGGAGGAAGUUACUAGUUUCAACAAGUCCCACCGGUGGAAGAAACGAGGUCUACGAGUAGCCUUCAUGAGCUACCCAAUUAAUCUUGUCGUAGACUACCAUGUCAUACUGUCAGUUUAUCAGGGCGAUGGUACAGUCGAUAUUAACAUCGAUCUUAAAUGUACUCCUAAUAGCGCAAGUGUUGGAGGUAGUAGGUCCACUCAGUCAGCUUGUUUUGGUGCCAUUAAAUGUUGUCAGAUACUCUUAGAUCGCCUCGCCAUUAUAAGAGAAUCACUUUCGGAUCCAUCCUGGGAACUCUUAAUAAGGACUGCUUACCAGCGAGGUAUUAAUUUGCAAACCAACUAUCGAGUCACAAACAAUGAUCAGCAGUUUUAUAGAGUGUCCGGUGCUGCAGUCACUGAAGUGGAACUGGACAUAUUGACUGGAGAACAUGAAGUUCUAAGAGUUGAUAUAGUAGAAGACGUUGGAACCGGUAUUAAUCCUAAACUUGAUAUCGGGCAGAUUGAGGGAGCAUUCAUAAUGGGCCUCGGAUAUUGGACUCAUGAGGAAAUAAUAUAUGAUGACAAGACUGGUGAGAUCCUGACGGACCGGACGUGGUACUACCACGUCCCGCUCGCCAAAGAUAUACCGAUUGAUUUCAGAGUGUCUCUGCGCAGAAAUUCUUACAACCCUCUCGGAGUUCUUGGCAGUAAAGGAGUGUCAGAGCCUCCGAUCUGCUUGGCUAUCUCCGUAGCAUUUGCACUCAGAGAGGCCAUAGUAGCCUCCCGCGAGGAUUCCGGCAUACCCAGGACACAGUGGUUCCAAGCUGAGACGAUGUUCUCUUCUACACAUUUUUCUGAUGAUGAACUGAUCGUUGAAGAGAUUGCUGGUGAAAUGAAAGCUGAAUACAGAAGAAAGUGCGCUUUAGGACUUUUUUAUAAGGGCCUAUUAAAUCUAAUUCCGCAAUCUCAGUUAAAACCGUUUUAUCGAUCUGGUGCCAGAGAUUUUAGAAAAACCAGACCUUUAUCUAAAGGAUCUCAAAUAUAUGAUACAAACCCAACAAUAUGGCCGGUCACGGAGCCCAUUACAAAACGUGAGGCUUUGAUACAAUGUGCAGGGGAGAUUAAAUACGUGAAUGACCUGGUGACACAACCGAGGGAAGUGUUCUGUGCUUUUGUCACUUCUGACAUUUGCACGGGUGAGCUCGAAAGCAUCGAUCUAUCUCCAGCAUUGAAAAUUCCUGGUGUCGUGGCAUUCUUCUCUGCAAAAAAUAUUCCUGGUAAAUUCUUAUCACCGAAAGUAACUACUCAAGUUAUACCUGAAAUUAUGUUCGUUGAAAAAGAAAUAUCAUACUAUGAUCAGCCCAUAGGCGUCAUAGUAGCCGAAACAGAAAAACUAGCUAACAGAGCAGCUCUGCUCGUGCAAGUUAAAUAUAAAGUUAACAAAAGAAAGCCUAUUUUAAGAAUAAAUGAUUUGAAGGAACGUGACCCUAGUCGUAUUCAACUUAUUCAAGUAAUUCCUGCAAGAGAUCGAGGUGUAAACGUGCAAAGGGUUAUUAAAGGUUCUCACAGCAUUUAUCACCAAUAUCAUUUCACCAUGGAAACGCUAUCCUAUGUGACUAGACCCAAUGACGAUGGACUGGACGUGUACUACGCGACAGACUCUGUGCACGUCGCUGUGUCUGAAGUAUUAAAUGUGGAACAAAACAGGAUCAAUUUGGUUGCACCACGCUGCGGUGGUGCUUUUGGCAUUAAAAAUUCGAGGGCGAAUUAUGUGUCAACUGCAUGUGCCUUAGUUACUUAUUUGACAAACAGACUGUGUCGUUUUUUCGUCCGUUUCGUCAUGCAGGCCAACAUGAGAAUUGUUGGAAAGCGACUACCAUGUACAAUUGAUUAUGAAAUUGGUGUAAAUGAUUCUGGUGAGAUACAAUAUUUAGAAGUCCAUUUAUAUGACGAUGCUGGAUGGACACUCGGAUCGGAUUUAGCUAUUCUGCUUGUUCCACCGGCUCUGAAGAGCUGUUAUGACAAUUUAAGAUGGCAGACCAAAAUAUUCAAUGCCUUAACCGAUACAGCAUCUAAUGUUUAUGCCAGAGCCCCAGGUUCACUGGAAGGCGUGACUAUGACAGAACACAUAUUAGAAAGAAUUUCCUAUGAAGUUGGGCGAGAUCCAGUCGAGGUUCGACUAAAUAAUUUAAACAGAACUUUGACUGAUACUAUGGAUGUGAUCCAACAAGUUCUAAGAGAUAGCGAGUACUACAGACGCAGGGAGGAAGUUAAUAGCUUUAACAAGUCCCACCGGUGGAAGAAACGAGGUCUACGAGUAGCCUUCAUGAUACCAAUAACACUUUUUGUCGACUACCAUGUCAUACUAACCGUUUACCAAGGUGACGGUACAGUAGAUGUUAAAACGGGUGUUAUUGAAAUAGGACAAGGAGCAAAUACCAUGAUAGCUCAGGUUGUAGCGUAUACUUUAAAUAUUUCAGUUGACAAAGUUCAGGUCAAACCGCCUGACGCAUUCAGUACUCCAAAUAGCAUCACAGUCGCGGGUAGUAGAUCAACUCAAUCAGCCUGCUUUGGUGCUAUCAAAUGUUGUCAGUUACUUCUAGAUCGUCUCGCGAUUGUAAGAGAGUCACUCACAGAUGCAACGUGGGAACUCAUUAUAAGGACCGCUUACCAACGAGGCAUUAAUUUGCAAACUAGUUACCGAGACAAUGAUCAGCAGUUUUAUAGAGUGUCCGGUGCAGCAGUCACUGAAGUGGAACUGGACAUCUUGACCGGAGAACAUGAAGUUCUAAGAGUUGACAUAGUAGAAGACGUUGGGACCGGUAUCAAUCCUAAACUUGAUGUCGGGCAGAUCGAUGGCGCAUUCAUAAUGGGUCUUGGUUACUGGACUCAUGAAGAAAUAAUAUAUGAUGAAAAUACUGGAGAGAUCUUAACUGAUCGCACUUGGUACUACCACGUCCCACUUGCCAAAGACAUACCGAUUGAUUUCAGAGUAACUCUACGGAAAGAUUCUUACAACCCUCUUGGAGUACUUGGGACUAAAGCUGUAACGGAACCUCCUAUCUGCUUAGCUGUCUCCGUGGCCUUCGCACUGAGAGAGGCCAUAGCUGCGUCUCGAGAGGACUCCGGCAUUCCUAGGACUCAGUGGUUUGAAGCAGAUGGACCCUUUACAUUGGCGCAGAACGUUCUGAAAUCUGAAGCCCGACUUGAAGAAUUCUUGUUCGAAUGAAAAAAUUGAUCAAAAAUAAUAACUUUGUUGUGUCA